CGAAAGCGGUUGGACCGAAAGUCUGUGAAAAAUUUCAGAUUGGAGGAUCUAAACAAAAGGUUUCUCUUCCCUAAAAAUAAUACGCAUAUAAUAUCUAAAUCAAGUUUCGAUCGCAUUUAAAUUAUAGUAACGAUUUUAAUCCUUGAAUCUACUGAAAAUUAAUUCGUGAUUGAUUUACGAUGAAACAGGAGCUCAAUUCUGCGACCAGCGAUAUCAUUUCUCGUUGAUAUCUGCGAAUGUUUUUUGCCAAAUCUUCUUACGAAGAAUAAAAAAUAAAACGCGGAAGUAGAUUGAAAACAAAAAUAAUUAAUAAAAAAAUGAACGAAGCUGCGCACCUGCCGAUGAUAAUUGUGAAAAUUCGCGCAUUUUAAAUUUAAUUGGAUUCGACAUCGGAAGGUAAAUAUUUUAUUAUUUAUGCGUGUAUUGGAUUUGUCUGUGAUCUGGUCCGGAUUCAAUAUGCGCGGAGACGAAUAGCGCGAAAUCGAAUCACUUUACUGGAUAGUAAAUUUUGGAAAUUUGAGAACAUUGUACGAUGCACAACGAAUAAAUAUGUCGCGAAGAAGGUGAAGUGUCGCAGAAAAGCGACAUCGUGCCAUCGAUGAUACUCGACCUGUAGGAGGAAAGCAAUUUGGAUUGAGGCCAAGCCUGAGGAAAUCUCAUCCGUGAACAUGGAGGAAGAAGAAAGUCUCGGUGAUACUAUUGGCGACGAUGCUGGUGUUAAGGAACUUCAGGAACUUCGCGAUAAAUACGAAGGAACGUUGACGGCGUCUCUCUAUACAGGAACACUCAGCAUUGCCGCUGUCGCCUCGUUGAUCGCUUUAGGUGCUCUCUGCUUCACUAAUUAUCAUGAGCUAUCCAAUAUAACCAAUCUUGUACCUGUGUCGGUAUUAACAACUAUGCUCAUCGCCUCUUUGACAUUUUUAGUGGUCACCCAGUUACCUUCGACUAUGAUCUCAAAACGGUCCAGAAUUUUAAUAGGUUUAACAUCCUCCAUUAUACUCGGUUUAGGAAUUUUAAUAUUAAAAGGCGUCCUGCCCUUGUUCGUCUGCAUUUUAUCAAUAAUCGCUAUUCUACCUAAAAUGAGGUGGCAAAUACCACUCAUUAUCGGCUGCAUUCUGGCCCUCACGCACAUUUCAAGAAGAUUUUUCGAUGAUCUAAUGAAUUAUUACAACUUAAUUCAGAUUGUUGUGGAGAUCAUGUUCCUUCUGGCUGCUAUCCUCGCAGGUAUGUACUACAGGAUUCUAACAAUGAUGGCCCAUCGCAAAACUUUCUCCGGCACAAAGACAGUAAUCGAAUCACGAAUCAAGCUUGAAUGCGAGAGAGAGCAACAGGAACAAUUAUUACUCAGCGUUAUUCCAGCUUACAUUGCGGCAGAGGUGAAAAGAAGUAUAAUGCUGAAGAUGGCGGAUGCUUGUCAGGAAGCUAAUAAGCAUAAACAAACUACUUUCCAAGAGAUGUAUGUACAACGACAUAACAACGUAAGCAUUCUCUACGCAGACAUUGUCAACUUCACACCGCUGUCAGAGCAGCUUUCAGCUUCCGAUCUCGUAAAGACGCUCAACGAACUCUUUGGCAGAUUCGAUCAAAUAGCUCAGGACAAUCAGUGCAUGAGAAUCAAAAUUUUGGGUGACUGUUACUAUUGUGUUUCUGGACUUCCCGUUUCCCGUCCGAAUCAUGCUUACAAUUGUGUUAAUAUGGGAUUGCAAAUGAUCGAUGCCAUUAGGUUUGUCCGCGAAGCUACCGGCUUUAACGUUGACAUGAGGAUAGGAAUUCACACAGGGAACGUGCUGUGCGGAGUACUCGGUUUGCGGAAAUGGCAAUUCGACGUGUGGAGCGACGACGUGACCUUAGCCAAUCACAUGGAAAGCGGCGGUCUACCAGGGAGGGUUCAUAUAACGAAGGCUACUUUACUACAACUAGGCGAUCAUUUUGAAGUUGAACCAGGCAAUGGAGGAUCUCGGGAAAGUUAUCUUGCUCAGCACAAAAUAGAGACUUUUCUUAUUGUGCCGACGAAAAAAAAUCGAGAAGAAAAUGGAAUGGAAAAUGGUGGAAAUCGUAUACAAGGACCUGGACCAAUACCUUCCAGAUCCAGACCUAGUAGCAAAAUGACAAAAUACGUAGAAUGUUGGGGUGCGGAUAAGCCUUUCGCUAAUAUAGCAGAAGCGACAUUAGCAAAAAAUAUUGGCCUAACAAGCAUAGCAAUGAUCGAAUCAAAUCUAUUGGCAAAUAAUGCCAGCUGUUUUGAUACACAACACUGGUGUGGCGGAAGUGAAGGAAUUUCGCCUAUUACCUUUUGGUUCAAGGAAAAAAGUCAAGAACAGUUAUAUCGAGAGCAGAGAGAUGAGCAAUAUCUUUGGUAUGUUGUGGCCUCCAAUGUGGUUUACGCUAUCAUGUUCUGUAUCCAAAUCAUCUAUCUACCAAGAAGCAUCAUAGUUUAUGGUUGCUUUGCAGCUGGUUUAGCAUCCCUAAUUAUAUUCGCUGCAAUUUCUUGGUUUAGUGGAAAAACCGACUCUGAAAAUAUUGAAGAAACAUCGAAUCAAAUCGCACUUAGCCGGGGUAUCAGAAUAACAGUAUAUUUGAUAACGGCACUAUUAGCUAUCGCAUCAUCAGUUAUUAGUCUGAUCGAAGUUGAUUACGUUGCAGGAUACAAUAUUGUACCAGUGUAUAUAUAUUCCCCAGUAAUAGCAUUAGUAGUUGGCUGGACACACUUGAGAGUCGAUUUCUUGCUGAAACUAGGCGUAAUGUUCCUAUCCGUUACCAUAAUACUCGUAAUCUUCUCUCAAGCACCAGUAUUCCAAAUGUACUACGAGAACUACCUUGGCACCAAGUUUUACCACAUCCAUUAUCUGAUACAAGUAGGAUAUUUACUGGUUCUCGUCAGUCUGAUACUGCACAUUCUCGACAGACAAGUAGAAUACACAUCCAGAAUGGAUAUUUUAUGGAAGAGUAAGUUGAGAGUUGAACAAGACGAGGUAGAAACCAUGAGAGGCAUUAACAAGAUUCUCUUGGAAAAUAUUCUUCCAGCGCACGUAGCUGAUCACUUUUUAGCUACGAGAGCUAUGCAGGAACUCUAUCAUGAAAGAUAUAGCAGCAUUGCUGUGAUGUUUGCGUCAAUUCCGAAUUACAAGGAAUUUUAUGACGAAACCGACAUAAAUAAACAAGGUCUCGAAUGUUUGCGUCUACUUAAUGAAAUCAUUUGUGACUUCGACAAGCUUUUACUCAAGCCGAAGUUCUCAGGUAUCGAAAAAAUUAAGACGAUAGGUAGUACUUACAUGCUGGCGUCCGGGCUAAGCCCAGGAAAAGAGGAUGGUGAUGGCAAAGACCUAUUGAAACAACAAGACCACAAUGUGAUCGUUCUCGUCGAGUUUGCCAUCGCGCUUAUGACAAUUCUGGAUCAGAUCAACAGGGAUUCUUUCCAGAGAUUCAAAUUAAGAAUAGGCUUAAAUCACGGUCCGGUGAUAGCUGGCGUUGUAGGUGCCCAAAAGCCGCAAUAUGACAUUUGGGGAAAUACGGUAAAUGUGGCUUCUAGAAUGGAUAGCUGCGGUGAAAUGGGUAAGCUUCAAGUCACUGAAGACACUGCCAAGAUUCUUAUCAAUGCCGGAUAUGAACUUGUUUGUCGAGGACCGACUUAUGUGAAAGGCAAAGGAACUCUUACAACGUAUUUCGUGAAGACACCUUUUGAUGAUAAGGGAGACAAUUAUUAG